AUGAGUACUUCUAACCACACAGGUGUCAGCCACACAGUCUUCCACUUGCUGGGCAUCCCUGGUCUGGAGGACCUGCACGUAUACAUUUCCAUCCCCUUCUUCAUUUCCUACAUUAUUUCUCUGCUUGGAAACAGCCUGCUCAUCUUCAUUAUCCUCACAAAGCAGAGUCUCCAUGGACCCAUGUACCUCUUCCUCUGCAUGCUGGCAGGAGCAGACAUUGUCUUAUCUACUUCAACGAUUCCUCAGAUGUUGGCCAUUUUCUGGUUCAAUGCUGGAGAGAUCUCCCUAGAUCGCUGCAUCACUCAACUCUUCUUCAACUAUUCUACAUUUAUCUCUGAGUCAGGGAUCUUGCUGGUGAUGGCAUUUGAUCGCUACAUUGCUAUCUGUUACCCUCUGAGGUACACCAGUAUUCUUACAAACUCCCUGAUUGGAAAAAUUGGAGCGACUAUCUCUGUGAGAAGCUAUGGUACAGUAGUCCCCAUAAUAUUUUUAGUGAAAAGACUGACAUUCUGUAAAAAUAAUAUACUCCCAAACACUGGUUGCAAGCACAUUAUCUUGGCUCGUAUUUCCUGUGAUGACAUCCGAAUCAAUAUCUGGUACGGAUUUUUUGUCCUAAUGUCAACAGUGGUCUUAGAUAUUGUGCUGAUUUUCAUUUCCUAUGUGCUGAUUCUCCAUGCUGUCUUCCGCAUGCCAUCCCAAGAUGCUCGCCAGAAAGCUCUGAAUACUUGUGGCUCCCAUGUCUGCGUCAUUGUUCUCUUUUAUGGUCCUGGGAUCUUCACAACACUCACUCAGAGAUUUGGACACCAUAUUGUACCCUAUAUCCAUGUUCUGCUGGCCAAUGUGUCUAUCCUGAUUCCACCUAUGGCGAAUCCCAUAAUUUACGGAGUCAAGACCAAACAGAUUCGAAAUGAGGUGGCUCAUGUUUUGUGUAGAUCAACCUGA